CACACGCUACCGGGGGAACGCAUUGCGCAGCCAGCAGCCGAGAGUCGGACAAACAAGCUCUGCGGCGCCACCUCUCAGCAGCCCUCACUGCACAUGCGCACCGUGGCCGAGGACCGUAGAAUACCUCGCCACCCCCUCAAGGACCAGCUCCAGGAGCAAAUGGUACAGCAGGGAAAGACUCGGCCGCUGAGCCCUUCCACCCUUGUCCCCUUAGCCUACCUAGGGAGACACUCUUCCAACACCCGCCCCCGGCGCACGCACUUCAACAGGGAGACCUGCACUCCCAAGGGCAAGUGUCCUGAAAAUGGAUGGGAUGAAAGUACCAUCGAACUCUUCCUCCAUGAACUUGCCAUUAUGGAUAGCAACAAUUUUCUGAGCAACUGUGGUGUGGGUGAGAGGGAAGGAAGAGUGGCAUCAGGAUUAGUUGCCCGUCGGCAUUACAGGCUAAUCCAUGGAAUUGGGAGGUCAGGAGAUAUUUCUGCUGUCCAGCCUAAAGCUGCAGGUUCUAGCCUUUUGAACAAACUUACUAAUUCAAUAGUUCUGGACAUUAUAAAGCUGGCUGGUGUCCGGACAGUGACCAAUUGCUUUGUGGUUCCUAUGGCAACUGGCAUGAGUCUAACUCUGUGUUUCUUAACACUGCGGCACAAGAGACCAAAGGCAAAGUAUAUUAUUUGGCCACGCAUAGAUCAGAAAUCUUGCUUUAAAUCUAUGAUCACUGCAGGUUUUGAGCCAGUGGUGAUAGAGAAUGUAUUAGAAGGUGAUGAGCUGCGCACGGACGUAAAGGCGGUAGAGGCUAAAAUCCAGGAUCUUGGGGCUGAAAAUGUUCUCUGUGUUCAUUCUACUACAUCUUGCUUUGCUCCAAGGGUACCUGACAGACUGGAAGAACUGGCUGUGAUUUGUUCUAAUUAUGACAUUCCUCAUAUUGUCAACAAUGCAUAUGGAGUUCAGUCUUCAAAAUGUAUGCAUCUCAUCCAGGAGGGUGCUCGAGUAGGUAGAAUAGAUGCUUUCAUCCAGAGUUUGGACAAAAAUUUUAUGGUUCCAGUAGGUGGUGCUGUCAUUGCUGGCUUCAAUGAUUCCUUCAUCCAGGAUAUCAGCAAGAUGUACCCAGGAAGAGCUUCAGCAUCUCCUUCCUUAGAUGUCCUCAUUACACUACUGUCCCUGGGUGAAAGUGGCUACAGACAGCUACUAAAAGAGAGAAAGGAAAUGUUUUCCUACCUUUCAAGUCAGCUGAGGAAGCUAGCAGAAGUCUACAAUGAGAGGCUGUUGAACACACUACACAAUCCUAUUUCCUUAGCUAUGUCACUAGAGAACCUAGAUAAACACAGUGACAUGGCUGUCACUCAGCUUGGAUCUAUGCUUUUCACAAGACAAGUUUCAGGAGCAAGGGUGGUUCCCCUUGGGUCUUUGCAAACAGUGAAUAACUACACUUUCAAAGGCUUUAUGUCACAUGCAAAUAACUAUCCCUGUGCUUACCUCAAUGCUGCUUCAGCAAUUGGAAUGAAAAAGCAAGAUGUAGACCUAUUCCUAAAAAGACUGGAUAAGUGUAUGAAGACUUUUAGAAAAGAAAAGAGCAGUGGAAAAGAUGUGCCUGAAAUGGAUAACUAUACCAAACAUACAAGUGCGGGAGAGACAGAAGACUAGAACAAGAUGUGAAUUUUGGAACACACAAAGUUUGGUGUGAUGAUUUUUUUUUUUUUUUUUUUUGAUUCUGGGAAGUUUGUACCCUAUUUACAUUGUGGAAUAUGCAAUACAGAAUUUAAAUUUUAAAAAAACUUGGGUGAAAUUCAGAUUUUAAAAAAUUAUUGGGUAAUAUUCAUCGCUGUGCAGACAGCAAACCAUGAGGCUUUUGCACCUCUGAAAGCCCACUUAAGUACUCAAAUAGGGCUUAAAUGGUAUGAAGGCUCUAAGAUGGGUCUUUGUCUAGAGAUGAAUGUGCCCCAUUAUGGUUGGAACUGGACAAAUAUCUAAAGAAAAUUUCAGUGAAUAUUGAUUAAUAUUUUAAAGUGAAUUUGCUUCAGCAGUGUUUUGUAUCCCUUCUGAUUUUGCUAUUGGUGUUCAUUUAGCAAACAGUCCUUUUUUCCUCACAAAAAUGUCUGUGGAAUGAGUGUUCGUACUUGUGAGUAUUUGCUCAUGAGUGCUUUCACAGCCAUCUCCUGCUACAUCUCUUUAUGGGCAUGAGAGGGGAGAUAGAUAUUAUUAAAUGAAAUUUUAAAAUAAUCUGAGGAUGAGAUACAAUGGGGAGAGAUGGUUUUUCCAAGUCCCUUUCCUGAUAGUAGUUUGAACAGCUGCAAACAGGAGCCACAUGUUUGAAGUCUGGACAUGUUCUUAGGUGGGGAACACCAUGAAAAGGCACAAACUCCCUGUGGCAAAGGGAAAUCUACAACACUUCAUACCCAGCCAGUCCUCAGCCCCUGGAAAGUUUUGCAGGAUUGAACAGUCCCACAGGAAGCAUAUGGGGGUAAACAGCAAGGAAAGAAGGGGGCUGCAGUAGGAAGGCAGUAAAUGGGAAGAUCUCCCCUACCUCUUGCAUUUGAUUUGUGCCUUAAUAAUUGCUCUCCUGAAUGGGAGCAAUCAGCAGACCUGCAGUAAUGGGAGAUUGGUUCUCCUAUGGGCCCUGAAGAGGGACAGCAGAUAUUCAUGGGGACUCCCAGGAGGUUAGAUUUACUCCAGCACUUCGAUAAUUUUUGAGACCAUGCCUCCUAAUUGUGAACCAUCUCCUCUGGGUGGUGCUGCUGCUACACCAGCUAUAUUCAGUGGCUGAGUGAACUGGUUAGCCUAGCUAAGGACCCAUAUCACUGAAUUUGCUUUUGUUGGCUUAGGCUUGUAAAGUUUUUCAUUUUAAAAAAGAAAUUAAAAUGGAUUCAUGCUGUA